AUGGCAAACCAAAGUCCGACAGAGUGUAAAAAUACCGAAGAUGCCCGUUGGAUGUUCAAUGACCGUGCACAGACUCCAUGCCAGGUCCUAAAUGCAUCAUUACACGAAUUCGACACCAAAUUCUCCCUAUCCUGGCUCGAACUCUCCUUUCAAUGCGGCCAAUCCUCUACUUCCACCCCGUCGAAUACAUCCUCAGCCCUCCCGUCGAAUACUGUUGCCACCAUUCCCUCGUCGAUAUCAGCCGCAGACAACGAAGAUUUAAUCCACGAUUUUUGUUGUUCAAACGUCGCCUAUGCGCUAUAUGCGGCAUGUUGGUCAUGUCAGUGGGACCAGCCUGUUGGAGGUUAUGUACGGACUACAUGGGCAGACUUUUGGUCGAGCGGGAAUUGCACAUCGUCUUCCUCAUCAACUUUAUCCGUCUUCUCCACAUCAUCUAUCUCCUCUCCGUCGGGACACUUAUCGCGACGUGCCCCGAGUAAUGCGACUACAAGUAGUAGUAGCGGUCCACCUAGAAAUGCACCUCUCACUAAAGCGGUGCAAAGAGCGUUGGAUAAUGCGGGCAUUCACAUUCCCAGCUGGGCAUAUCUCAGGUCGUCAGGGAAUGGUCUAUGGGAUGAGUCUGCUGCACUUGCAAGUGUAUCCAGUUCGGCAAGCGGCCCCGGGUCGGUGAAGCCAAACAAGCUUUCCGGCGGUGCAAUCGCCGGAACGGUCAUUGGUGUCCUCCUGUUCAUUUCAUUUCUCAUUCUCUGCAUCUUUCGCAUUCGAAAUCGCCGAAAAAUACAAACACGGCUCCAACACUGGGACACUCAUCGACGUACCAUCAAUUCGUCCAAGCACGGACACGACAACGGGACCAAGCAAGAUCUCGGACUACUGGGAUGGGGUUGGUCCGAGUGGAAAGAGUGUCUGUGGCCCUUUUCCGCAACUCGGAGUGGGACAGGGACACCACAGCACAAUAUGACGGCCAUAUCCAACCGAGGACUCUCGAACAACGCCCUCGGCGGUCCGGUGAUGCAAAUUGGUCGGCUAUCUCCGGCUAGUGAUCUAGAGAAACGAGGGAGUCAAGGACCGGCAUCGUCAAAGAGAGUCAAGUCACUCUUUGGGAGACGAAAGGUCGAUACGAUCAGCCCCGUUCCGGCCCUUCCUUCUAGCACAGGGGCCCGAGUGGAUCUGGAUGGCGAUGAAGGACGGGUGGUUAUUGCACCGCCUCCUGUCCCUGGUCUUCCGACGACGGGAACGGCGAUGGGCGUCAGCAGGAUGCAUAGCCCGGAAGACUAUGCAAAGUACAACGGCCCUGAAAGAGUGGGGAGUGAUCUCAGCGCGCUUGACAUCCAAGCACUACAUGCGCACCCAACCCAGCCUAGCAAUAGCGCCCAUGGCCACGGUUAUCAGCGUACCACGCCCACGCCAACUGGAGCCGGAGCCAUAGGGAUCACUGGAAGGAAGAGCCUCGUUGACAAGUUUCGUGGCUCUCUGGCGCGUGUAGGCGACCUUGGGAUGGGGCUGAGUUCUCGAGGCCGACAAUCACCUCGGUCCUCUCCAGCACCUGGAGGCUCGUCAUCUCACGGGCAUGGGACGCAUCCCAAUAUGUAUGGAGAAGGAAUGGUUCGAUCAGCAUCUGUACGAAGCAACGAACGGUACACGCAUCCAAUGGGUUCGAACAAAACUCCAAACAUAUACUCGGGAAUGGGAAUGGUGGAGCGUGAUCCGUCGCCAAUGGGUGCCGUUGCCUCACGAAAUCCGUAUGCGAACCUUGCCAGUAACAACGCCGCCCCUCUUACGGUUGUGAAUACGACGGCUCCAUCUGCAAACGCCUUACUUCCGCCUACCGGCUCAUCGAACCCGGACAUAUCACCAACGCCGAGUCCCAUUCCUCUAACCAAGGAAGCUUUGGCCAUAGCUAGAGUUGCGCAGGAUGGUUCACUCUUCGUCCCACUGUCUGCCGCGCAUAGUCAGCAACAACAUCAGCUCACGAUCCAACCGACAGCGGCCAUGGACGCUCGGGCUAUGGGUGCAAAUGACGAUGUCGGGAUCCGACUCGGUGAAAGUGCCAUGACGAGACCGACCAUGCACCACCACUCGACGAGCGACAAUUCCGUUCUCACUGGUCGAUUCGGUGGAGCUGGAGUUCCAGCAUGGCAUGCGGACAUGACGCCUCUACGAUCUGAUUCCUUGAGAAGAUUGGGGGUGGCGACGAGUCACGAGGCGCCGCCGACGCUCUCGAGUCCGUUUACUGGUUCAAAUCCAUUCCCUGUCUCACACAUUUCAUCUGGCGCAGUAGGCGAGAAUUCGUUGUACCGGUCGGAUAUGGCUGCGUUUGGGGAGAGACCACAGUUUGGCGAGGAAAGAGUGCGAACGCUCUCAGAGGGCGCAUUGGCACGGCUCAACUCGGCCACGGCGACAUCGACUGCUCGAGCUGGACCAAGUGCCAUCGGAGGAAGCAGUAGACAGGCGACUCAUCCGCUCUCUGGUGGUCAGUUUCCCUCACGCGCAGUUCUUGCGCCUAUUGGUCGCCCCACACAUGCGCAUGCUCUAGCUGGAGAUGGGAGAGUAGAUUCCAGGGGGAAAUCCAAAGCGGCGAAGAGCGAGGGCUCAAAUGGCACGUCUGUUAAAGCCGCUGCCGGCUCUGCCUUUGGAUCCUCUGCCCGCGAGGAAGGAGAAGACGAUGAUGAAGAUGAUGACGAGGAUGAGGAGGAAGGGGGAGGAGACGGAAGUGGUAUUCAGAGCGUCGCCAGUCCAACUGCCGCGACGGCUGGGUCGAGUUCGAGUGGAUCCAAACCCAACGGUGGCGCGACGGGCAGAAAUGCUGUUGCCGGUUCGAACUCUCGGGGCCAAACGCGAGGCAAGCGGAAGAGCAAGAAGCGCGAGGUUAAUCUGCGACAUUUGUCGACUACAACCGGUACGAGUGCCAGCGGUGGUACGGAUGAGAGGAACGCACGGCUGAGCGUGUUGGCCAAUACGAGUCUGUCGUCUGGACAGGCUGGCGUUGAUCGAAGCAUUGCUGGAUAUGGCGGUGGUGUGAAGAGUGAUGGAAGUCGAACGCCCAGUCCCAAAGUUGCGCCGAGCGCCGAGUGGUUCAAUCUAUUCCGUGGUGGGAAUUUGUCAGAGGACAACCAAAGAGACAAAUCUAUCGGCUCGAGUUCGAAACGCGAUGGCGACUUGGCAAGAAACAAGACAGCACCAAUAGCCUCCACGUCUACUCCGGCUGUUCGUCAACUUGGAAAAGCGAAUACGAGUGCGAAUGCGAGUACGGGUGGAAGGAGCAAAUGGAAAGUGACGAAUGUCGAUGCGUUUCAACCCUUUGCGUCCGCUUCCACGAUUGGGGACACAGGGGUCGAUGUACCUGCGACAGUACCGCUCAUUGCGAAACCUCAGCCAAGACGCGUGAGCCCCAAUUCGUCUAAACAGGAGCUUCAACAAGCCAGCACAUCAAAGCAACCAGUGGCCAGCACAUCGAAGCAGACCCAACCGUCUUCGUCUCACCCUACGACGUCCUCAGCUGCGACUACAACUCCGAUCGCGGCGUUGUAUGCGACAACCAUGUCUGGCUCGAGCUCGUCCCUGAGCAAUGUUCGAAACGCAACAGUCACUACCUCUAGUAGUACUCGCACGAUACAACCUCAGCCCGUGCAACCCACGACUGUGUCCACUAGCAGCGCCCCUCGCGUCGCUCGACCGCCUUCUCCUGCAACGAGUACCGUCCUUCCAUAUCUCCAAGCGCAAUCAACAGGAUCGUCACACGCACUUGUCGACAAACCUCUUCCCCCCGUCCAACCCUCUCAACCGACCUCACGUCCCAUGCCCAUCCCUUCAACUAAUACUGCACCACCAGCCUCGACAAUCCCACCUCUCUCGAUGAACCCUUUCCCGACUUCGACGCGCGCACAACCUUCCACAAAUCCGCUUCCGGCGUCCAACGUGAGCGUGCCAUCACCGGUGGGUCCACGAGCACUCCCUUCACCUACUUCCCCCUCUGGAACGCGUCCAAUCCGUAUGCUUCCAGUCCCGCCUUCCAACUCGCAAAGCCCGCCUUUUUAA